AGAAGCUGACUACUGGUGGCUGUCAAGUGGCCUGGGCACCUAGUUCUUUACGAAGUUUCCUGGGUGAGAAGUGAAGCUGUGCCUGUCUAUGGGUCAUACUCACCAGUGGGAUAUCCAUUAACUAGUUCCAUUAGAACCUUACAUAGGGGAGAGCCACUUGGGCCAGCAAGCAGGGGAGAGGUGGCUGGUGGUACUGUGCCCACCUGGUACUCAUUGAGGGUUGACCCACUGGGUACUUGGGAGGAAAGCUUGAGUGGUCUGAUGACACAGGGGAUGUAGAAUGAGGAUUGUGAAGUCACAGAGGAAGUGAGAUGCUACAGCCAGGGCUCUGGGGUUGGCUGCCUGGCAAGUGGAAAGGUAUCACCCAGGCAGACCAGUACUUUCUUCCCGUGGAAGGGAGACUGUGGGAUCAGCAGGGCACAUCUGGUGCCCAUGUUGGACUGAUGAAUCGGAUGCAGAGGCCUCCAUGGCUGUGAUAAGCCUUCUGUUCUUGGCAGUGAUGUAUGUGGUUCACCACCCCUUGAUGGUCAGUGACCGGAUGGAUCUGGACACACUAGCCAGAAGUCGGCAACUGGAAAAGCGGAUGAGUGAGGAGAUGCGGCACUUAGAGAAGGAGUUUGAAGAGAGGAGGAGAGUAGCUGAACAGAAGCAGAAGGCAGAGAACUUCUGGAGAGGAGACACAUCUGGUGACCAGUUAAUUCUGGGAAAGAAAGACACAGGGUGGCCAUUCGAGGCUCCUAGCCAGGAGGGUCCUAUGAACUGGAUGCUGGGAAACCUGUGGAAUGCUGGCCUCUUUUGCCUUUUCCUCAUUUUUGAGUUCCUGCGUCAGAACAUACAGCACGAGCCAGCCUUUGAUUCCAGCAGUGACGAUGAUGAUGAGGAAGUCCAUGUUAUGCCUGUCACCUCCUAUAACUGGCUCACUGAUUUCCCUUCACAGGAGGCCCUGGAAUCCUUUCAUAAACACUGUGUCCAGAAUGCCACCCGGGACUUGCCCUGCACCUGUGAGUUUGUAGAGAGCUUUGUGGAUGAUCUCCUUGAAGCCUGUCGGGUGCUCAGUCGUCGAGAGGCUCACCCACAGUUGGAGGAUUGUCUGGGCAUUGGGGCUGCCUUUGAGAAAUGGGGAACUCCCCAAGAGACCCAGAAAUUUGAUGUCCUGGUACCCAUCCUUCCCCCACAGGGCACUAUGUUUGUGUUGGAGAUGAGGGAUCCAGCCCUUGGCCGCCGCUGUGGCAGUGUGUUAGUGGAGUCAGAAUGUGUGUGUAAGCGUGAGAAGCUUCUGGGGGAUGUGCUGUGCCUAGUGCACCAUCACAGGGACCACUCAACCGUCUUGGGCAAAUGUAGCAACUCCAUUAAGGCAGCUCUCUGCACUAACUCCCACCUGGAUGUGUGCAAGACUAUACAGUGGUUCCGGAACAUGGUGGGUAAUGCCUGGGCCCUUGUUGCACACAAGUAUGACUUUAAGCUCACCCUCCCACCAUCGUCCACCUCCUGCAACCUCAGGCUGGACUACCGCUCGGGCCGCUUUCUCUCAAUUCACUUGCUCCUGGGUGUGCAACGUGAAGACACCUUGGUCUAUCUGGUAAGUCAUUCCCCUGAUCAGGAACAGCUUACCAGUGUGGACUGGCCUGAGUCCUUUGCCGCUUGUGAGCACUUGUUCCUGAAAUUGGUGGGGCGUUUUGCUCCAGAGAACACCUGCCACCUCAAGUGCCUUCAGAUCAUACUGAGUCUUCAGGAUGUGCAGAACUUACCCCAGGGAGCAUCCCGUCCCAUCCUCACCUCUUACCACUUCAAGACAGCCCUCAUGCACCUGUUGCUACGGCUGCCCCUAACAGACUGGCAGCAGGAUAUGCUUUCCCAGCGGCUCCAGGACCUCCUCUGGUUCUUGGGCCGUGGCCUCCAGCAAAGAUCCCUCCAUCAUUUCCUCAUUGGUAACAACUUCCUGCCCCUGACCAUCCCAAUCCCUAAGACAUUUCGGAAUGCUGAGCCAGUCAAUCUCUUCCAGCACCUGGUGCUAAACCCCUUGGCACAUUCACAGGCAGUGGAAGAGUUCCACAACCUUCUCACCAAGGUGAAAACUUUACCCGGUGGUCCACUGGCUGGAGCACAUUAAUGUGAAGGCCAUUAAAAAAGGGGAGAAGGCAUUUCUGCUUUUUUUUCAGGCUGCAAAAGUUUGUUUUCCAGAUAUAUCAGUGGCAUAUCUGACUUUCAUCUUGCCAAUAGCAGCUAUGAGAGAUUAAAAUACUUUAAGGAGUACAGGAAGUAAUCAUGUGGAAAGGGCUGAAUCUGCAGGGUCAAAUCUAGGGUUGGUCUUCUGAAGUCUUUUUUUAUUUAACUUUCAUUUUGAUCCAGAAGGGGCUCAGGUAAGCAGAUAUAGCAGGAUCUUUAUAAAAUGGGGGGGGGGGGAGCACGAGGGAAGGGGCUAUGAAGGUGUGUUUUAUAUCAACACUGGAAGCAAAAGAGAACCAGAGAAUACCUCCAUUCUGACUUAUCCUGCCAUUCCAAUCCCCAACCCAAAGCUGGGUUAGGGUUCUUGCAUGCACAGUUUCAUUGCCCAGCUUUCACUGACCAACUUCUCUUUCUCUUUCUCUCUCGUUUCCAGAGUUAUUGCUGGGGUUGGGGCUUGGUGCUGGCACUACAAAUCCAUUGCUCCUCGCAGUCAUUUUUUCUAUUUUAUUGGAUAGGACAGAAAGAAAUUGAGAGAGGAAGAGAGAAUGACAGAUAUCUACAGGCCUGCGUUGCUGCAUGUGAAGCAUUCCCACUGCAGGUGGAGAGCGGAGGGCUCGAACCUGGAUCCUUGUGCAGGUUCUUAUGCAUAGUACUAUGUACUAUGCGUUUAACCGGGUAUGCUACUGCUCUGCCCCCUCUCUAUUUUAUUUUAUUAUUGACUAGAAACAAAUUGAGAGGAGGGGGGAGAUAAAGAGGAAAAGAGACAGAGAGACACCUGCAGCCCUGCUUUACCACUCAUGAAGCUUUCCUCCUGCAGGUGGGGACCAGGGGCUUUAACCUGAGUCCUUGAGACUAUACUAUGAGCACUUAACCAGGUAUGCCACCGCCUGCCCCCCUUUUUUUACAUUCAGAAAGAGAUAGAGGGAGACAGAGGGAGAGAAAGAUACCACAGUACCAAAACUUCUCCCAGUGCCUCGGUACUAUUUGGUUCCAAAUUCAAACCUAGGGCAUGCACACGGCAAGGCAUGGACCCUGUCUCAUGAGCUGUUUCUCCAACUUCCUAACACUCCCUUAUGUGAAUGAUUCCAAGUACAUGCUGUACUGUUUCAUUAUUCACAUUCAAACUAAUAGCACUCUUUUUCUUAGACCAAAUACUGUGAUGACAACUUCCUGUAUUUAAGAGAUAUAAUUCUUGCGCACGUGGCACAAAGUGUAAGGACUGGCAGUAGGAUCCUUGUUCGAGCCCUGGCUCCCCACCUGCAAGGGAUUCACUUCACAGGCGGUGAAGCAGGUCUGCAGGUCUCUAUCUUUCUCUCCCCCUCUCUGUCUUUCCCUCCUCUCUCCAUUUCUCUCUGUCCUGUCCAACAACAACACCAAUAACAACAACAAUAAUAACUACAACAAUAAAAUAAGGGCAACAAAAGGGAAUAAAUAAAUAUUAAAAAAACAUUGUGAAAAAAAGAUAUAAUUCUCAGAUCUAUACUGUUUAAAGAUAUAGCUAAGAUGUUUAUUUUCCAUUUUAGUCUAUUUCUAUUUUCAUAAGACAUGACUUUUUUAAAUGCAUCUGAAGACUCAAUACUACUCAAGUAAUUUAUUAGCAAUGCUUUGUAAAUAUUGUCAGUUGUGACCUACUUCAAUCAAAAUAAUGUAUUUCUUAUAACAAAAUAGCCAAUAUCUGGUGACCUGGAAGUACCAAUGUGAAGUCCUUAAAUCAUGGUCUUUUUGGGGAUCUCUUCCAUAAAUGAUUACAACUUUUGAGGGAAGCCAUUUGUGGAAAAAAAAUUAUCUACUAUGUUGUUUCUCAGUCUGUAUUUUCUUUUCAAAGAUGAUAAAGGGGUUAUUUGAACUAUGUGGUUUUGCAAAGUAGGGCCAUCACAGUCUAGGCUCAGUGCCAGGUUGGACAGGAAAGGACUGUAAAGCAUAACAAAGUCAGGAUUCUAGAGAUAUGAUUGGCUUAUUUUCCCCUUCUUCCAAAACCUUGAGCAGGAGUGUUAAGAAAUGUGACUACAGUUGAGGGCGUGGUUGUUUUGGACAUACCAAUACUGUUCCUACCCAGCAUUGUAGGAAGAUCCACUGGGGAGGUGAACCUGGCCUGACAUUUAACUUGACCUUAGUGGGAAUCAGAUGCUUGUCUUUAUGGGCUUUUGCUCCACCUCAGCAAAAGUAAAUCGCAAGUAUCCCAGAAUUUGAUGCCAAUUAAUACUUGGAACUCCUACUGUAUAGUAGUUGCUGGAUUCCCAUGUGACUUGCUGAUAUCUGCCAGAUGUUACCUUUUAAGUUAAGGUGCAAUGAUGGUAGUUCUUUGUGGAAUUUGAUACUUGAAAACAUCCAUGUGCUUUUUUACUUAGGAAAUAUUUUGGUGAUGUCUUUGUUCCACAUUAAUAAAGGAAGCUGUUUUUCUGUA